AAGUGUUGCAGAAGUUUCCCAACGCAGGUAAACGACUCCUCCGCGCGGUGACGCCAUGGGGAUGGGCAGGUCACGUGGUAUUGUCUGAGGGAAACCUGUAGUCUAAUGUUACUGAUAUGGACGAGAGAGAGGAGAGAAGGAAGUGAAGCCGAAAAGAAAUCAGCUGCUGUUAAUCACAACCUGCUGCAGCCAAGUUGUCAGGAUUACCCACAAAACGUCUAGAGAUAGCUAUUCUCCAACACACUGAGCUUUCAUACAAGGUUUGCAUUCUGACCUGCAAGCCAAUAUUGAGUCAAAGAAUUUGGCUGAUUGGUUGUCAAGAAUGUGUUUUUGUGCUGUGUGCAGCAGGCAAUGGUAAGUCGAGCAAUUCUGGGGAUGUUGCACAACAAUUACAACGGCAGCGUGGAAAUUGAUUCUCUGUAUUUGGUUGCAGCACAAAAAUGCAUUCUUGACUCGGCUUGCAUGGGUACUAUCUUCACUCACGAUGGCUUUGGCUGAAGGGUGUUUCCUGAGGUGACAGUAGGAACUGAUGGGGGACCAUCACCAUCCUCAUGUCCUAUGGUGGAGGCUUUUACGGACGCACUGAGCGUGUCCGCCAGGCGCCGCAGUAUGACCAGGUUACCGAAGACUUCUUACCUCCACCAGACCCCUACGACCUGCAAUCCCUGAGAGAACAUCUAGCAAAGAGCGCCGACCCACUUCCUCCUCCGCCUUUGCCAGACCAGCCCCCCGUCGGCCCUGAAUUAGAUCCCAGCGGCAGCGAGGAAAACGCAGACCCUGAACAAGACCCUGCCAUUGACAUCAAACCAGUCCAUCGCUUUAUCCCUGACUCCUGGAAGGACUUCUUCAGAGGGAGCAACCGCAGCAGCAAGAAGGCGUGGUCUAUGCCUGCAUCCUCAAACAACAACAACAACAGCACCUCUGAGGGGGUACGCUGUUCCCCCCCGCAUUCUCCCUCUCUUCCUGGAUCUUACCGGGACCCCUAUGGUGGCCCAGGCAGCAGCUACAACUCACACAAGGAGCUUCUGGAAGGACAGGACGUCCAUGAGUCGGUGUCUGGGCGCACACACCACACAGGUCUAACAUACAGCGAGAGGGUGGAGGAGUACCACCAGCGCUAUGCCUACAUGAAGUCGUGGGCUGGCCUGCUGAGGAUUCUGGGCUGUGUGGAGCUGCUGCUUGGAGCAGCUGUAUUCGCCUGUGUCUGCGCUUACAUCCACAAGGACAAUGAGUGGUACAACAUGUUUGGGUACUCGUCUCCUGGAGGAGCAUAUGGAUCAGGUAUGUAUGGCUCAGGAUUAGGUGGGACUUACUACACUGGUCCCAAGACCCCGUUUGUGCUGGUGGUGGCGGGGCUGGCGUGGUUGGGGACUGUGAUUCUACUGGUGCUGGGGAUGACCAUGUACUACCGUACCAUCCUGCUGGACUCCAACUGGUGGCCCCUGACAGAGUUCAUCAUAAACCUGGCUCUGGCUGUGCUGUACAUGGCAGCAGCUAUCGUCUAUGUCCAAGACACCACCCGUGGGGGGCUCUGUUUUUAUCCCGUCUUCAAUAACGGCAUCAAUGGGUUGUUCUGCAGAACAGAAGCUGGUCAGACUGCUGCCAUAAUCUUUCUGUUCGUCACUAUGGUGGUGUAUCUGAUCGGAGCUAUUGUAUGUCUCAAGCUGUGGAGACACGAAGCAGCGCGGCGGUAUCGUGAACGGUACGGUCUGGAGGUGCAGCCCUCUGAGAUGCGAGCUGUGCAGUCAUUGAUGGUCCCUGAUUCUGCUUCAGCUCUCAAGAAUCCAGAGCAGGUUCACGGUUCCUCUGUCAUUCCCAUCCAAGCUCCAACAAAAGCAGUUCCUGCAAAGUUUGUGCAGGGAGCGAUACCAUCAGGAUACAUCCCUAAGCCCGUCAUUGUGCCUGAUUACCUUGCGAAGUACCCAGCAAUCCGUUCUGAUGAAGAGCGAGACCAGUACAGAGCUGUGUUUAAUGACCAGUACGCAGAGUACAAAGAGCUCCACUCUGAUGUGCAGGCCACCCUAAAGAAGUUUGAUGAGAUGGACGCCAUGAUGCGUGGUCUACCUCAGCACCCCAGCACCCAAAUGGAGGUGGAACGCAUCAACAAAAUCCUGCAGGACUACCAGAAGAAGAAAAAUGACCCAACAUUUCUGGAGAAGAAGGAGCGCUGUGAGUACCUGAAGAGCAAACUGUCACACAUAAAGCAGAGGAUACAGGAAUAUGAUAAGGUCAUGGAGUGGAAUGAUGGAUACAGCUAGACCCAGAAGUGAAGCUGCACUAGUAGAAGAAAACAAUGUUAAUGUGGCUGCUGAAGCCCAGUCCAAACUAAAAAGGAGAAUCUUCCUGCUGCCGAGUUUGUUUUGUAUGUGUACAGCACUCUUCUGUGUGAAUUCUGUCAGACUGUUUCUGUUUCCACGUUUUUAAAGCUCACAGGUGGAACAGACACAAGUACUUGUACUGUGUUGCUUCAUAUAUUUAUAUCUGGUUAAUUUAGUUUAGCAAACUGACAGGAAGUGGUCAUCGUGGAUCUGACAGUAACAAUAUCCCAAAUCAUCGGUCUUCAGAGCUUUCUGUCACCCCAAAGUUAUCAUCACCUCUAACUUGUUUAUUUAGUAUUUCCAGUUUUGCUGUGCUGUUAUGCAAACACCAUUAACUUUAUAUUAUCUCGUUAUACCUGCUGUUGAUCAGGUGUUGGUCACCUAAAACAAACGUAGAACAAUUAAGAUGUAGAAAUUUGGGAUGCACCGAUCAGGUUUUUUGCUGCCGAUCACCGAUACCAAUAUCAAAGAAUGCUGAUCACCGAUACCGAUCACGUGGAUUGGCCAGAAAUUUUCUACAACAUUAUAAUGAGUGCUACAAACUACAUAAUCUAGAAAUAAAGGAAAUGUAACCUAAUCUAAAAUGGUCUGUAUUAGGGUUGUCACGGUGAGAAAAUUGAACCUCACGGUUAUUGUGACCAAAAUUACCACAGUUUUCGGUAUUAUCGUGGUAUUUUUUUAAACGUGCUACAUUUUCACACGAUUAAAUAAACCCUGUAUGUCAGGAAAUAUUGUCCUCAGUUUGUGUCUAAAUUUUGCCUAAAAUGUGUUAUUUUGUAAUUAUGUUGUUUAUUUGUUUACAUUUUUCCCCUUUAGUCUUUAAAUUACCAAUAUUUGCCCAUAACUUCUUAUUUUAUGUCUGUUUGAUGUCAUCGUUUUAAAAAUAUCAGAUGUUACUAAGUACUCAAGUAGCCUUCUAAUCAGAUACUUUUUUACCCUUACUUGAGUAAUAAACCCUAUAUCAGGAAAAUAUUUUCCUCGGUUUGUGUCCUUCCAGUGAGCUUUGCAGAUGUGGGAAAAUGUCAUCAGGCAGUAAUAAUUGUUAAAUUCAUAAUUAUUCUCGGAGAGAGACCAACUCAUAUCUGCCCCUGGGAGCCCCGUAACGCAUAGCGUAAUUUCAACAUGGGGGUGUCCGUGACACGGUUUAUAUGCAGGUAGCGGCGCUGCGGCUGCUUUAUAUAGCGACUCAUUGCAUUCUCCCUCAACCCAAAUCCUCGGAUCACGCAUUUUAGCUAAAACGCUAACGUUAGCUUGCCUUGCGUUGACUGUAGAGUUGUGGGCGAUGGUCACGCAGAUGUGUCAUGAGAUUUGAAGCGUUGCUGCCUUUCACAGACACUUUUUCUGCACGUGCUGCAAACAGGAUAGUCGCCUUCUAUAAACUCCCUCGGCAUUCUUCAAAUAUCUAAUAUAUGCCCGUACUUCCCACUUUGUCUUCUUUGAGGGAUAAUAAAUGUCCUCCUGAGCACUGCCGUCUCCUCCUUUGGCCAUUAUUUCAGCUUUAGCUUCAAGAAAGUUUUGGUUGUAAACAACAACACACGCAUGUGCCGCCGGCAACUUCAGCGGAUGAUACGGUGGCUGGUAAGGGUCACUGCGCCUACACCGCAGCCACGCUAAUCCACCGAGAUAAUGUAGUUUUUUAAAAAACAAGACGGUUAUUAAUAUUGUCAACUUUUUUUUACCGGGGUUUACCGCUACACCGGUUAUCGUGACAACCCUACCUGAUCGGUCUGCUUUGGUCUAUUUUGAAAACUCCGAUCAAAACUCUGGACUACAAAUGUGCUGAUUCAGAGCUGAUAACCAAGGAUCUACAUUUGCAAUUUUUUUAAACCACAGCUGGCUGGAUCCUAAAUGAAUUUCAGGUUUAGAUUACAACUCAUUAUUCUGCUGGAUGAACUGGUUUAGACAAAUCGUUAUGUUCAUUCUGUGUACAUCAAUCUCUUUAUGUUUGUGUGUGUAAUUGUUUCAGAAUUGGCUAAAGAGAAGUUAACUGAGAAAUUACUGUGAUUUAAAAAAAUAUGAUUAGUCACUCUGAGUGCAACUCAAUGUUGCAAAGCAAACAGUCAGUGGUAGAGUUGCGUUGGUGUUAGCCAAUCUGAGGUGAGCUGUCAGAGUAUCAGGAAAUAAGACUCCUAAUCCUGUCGACUUUCUCUCCUCUUCCGGCUAACUUGUAGUUCCUGAAACAGGAGAGAAAGAGCUUUUUUACCUACAGAGAUCGACUCACAUUCAUUUACUGUAAAUGUAAUGAAAAAACAAGUGAACUUGGCCUUUCUUGUUGGUUGCUGAUGAGAUGUUGUUUCCUCAGAGCCAUCCUAGCCAUUUCCUCUUGAAUUUAGUCUGUGGUUUAAAGUCACACACAUAAAUAUGGGAAUAAAUAAAUAAAAUGUGGGAAUAAAACACCCUGCUGUUGGUUUAAGUGGUCUAAAUAUGCAAUUAUUGAUGUAAACUGUGAUGUAAAACUAAUUGUAGCUGAAACCUGUAUAAUUUCACUAAAGGCACUGUUGAGAAAAGUGAAUGUUUGUGUUGGCCUUCAUGUUUCAUUGUUUUUGUUUACCUCCUGGUGACAUUACUACCAGCAAUCCUUUUGUCUUAAAUGUUCAGCCUUAUCUAAAACCACUGCUUUUAUGGCACAACACUGUUGAUGAUGGCAUUUAUUUUAAUUGCACAGUUUGUUUUUAAUGAGUCUGUCCUAUUCUGCAAGCUAAAUGUUGUUUAGUAGUUUUAAUCUGUGAUGAUUACGUUAUGCUUUGUUCUACCAUUUCACUACAUUUUGUACCUGGAUGUAAUUUAAAGAAUCUUAUGUAUAUCUUUUUUCUGAAUGACACUAAAACGUUUUAAUAACAAAACAUUUGUAUGUAUAUAAUCAUGUAAACAUGGAUGUCUUUUUUUUCUGUCAUUUUUAAGUGAUCAACUGGUGCUCUCUGUGGUCACAAUACAGGUGUGUGUGUGCAACAUUUUACCUUUUUAUCUGCAUAGAGGACUGUUUUAUUUGUCAUUUCUUUGCCAUAAAGAGAGAUUACAAAUGUAAUAUGUGUAGAAAACAGUGCAUUUGAAAAUGUUAAAACUGCCACUGGAAUAAUUUUAAAAAUAAAAUAUUCUAUCUCUUUGAA